UUUUUUUCUCUCUGUUGGUAGAAAAACACAACAUAGAAAGAAAAUAAAUCAAAAAGAAAGAGAAAGCGAGCAAUUGCAAGUCGUCUGUUCGUGGGAGCAGACGACCCGUCUUCAUCGCCAAACAACCUCAAAUCGCAUCAACGUUCGCUGUUAUUCCAUCAAAAAAUAAAACAUCGUUUGAUUUUUGAUCUUUCUUUAGUUUCUGAUCUAUGGAGGUUCCGAGUUCCUGGGAUGCCCUUCGCAAGCAGGCCAGAAAACUUGAAGCUCAGUUAGAUGAGCAGAUGAAUUCUUAUCGUAAAUUGGUUUCUGCUAAUGUUUCUUCAAAAGCUGAUGCCUCAGAGAGUGAUCUAGAGUCUUGGAUUGAGCGAUUACUAAAACAACUUCAACAAGUAAAUGCACAGAUGCAAGCAUGGGUGUCAUCUGGUGGUUCAGAAAUGGUUUCUCACACUUUGACUAGACACCAAGAAAUUCUUCAAGAUCUCACCCAGGAAUUUUAUCGUCUUCGUUCAAGUCUUCUAGCUAAGCAAGAACAUGCUUCACUGCUUGAAGAUUUUAAAGAAUUUGAUCGGACAAGAUUAGACUUGGAACAAGGUGUAGACACUGAACAGCAUGCACUCCUAAAAGAGCGUGCAUCUAUCAGCCGAAGUACAGGACAUAUGGACAACGUUAUUUCACAAGCACAAGCAACACUAGGAGCACUUGUCUUCCAACGCUCAACAUUUGGCGGUAUCAAUUCGAAGCUUGGCAACGUUAGCAGUCGCCUCCCAACGGUAAAUAAUAUACUUUCGGCAAUAAAGAGGAAAAAGUCAAUGGAUACCAUUAUACUUUCCCUUGUUGCAGCCGUAUGCACAUUUCUCAUUUUCAUCUACUGGCUAUCCAAGUGAAGCUGCUGCUUUUGUUGGAUGCUCCACUUUUGUAAACUCCUGUAUGUUCUUUUGACUAUUGAGUUUAGUACCUCGUCCAUGCUGAAACACAUUUUUCAGCUAGUCUAUUUUUUAUUCCAUUGUUCAUCCAUGUACCACAAAAGCAAUGCUGAGCAAAGUAAAGAUCAGAAAUUUCCUAGUGUUCUA